CAUCUGACUGAUAUAUUUUGCAUGGGUUUUCUACUUAUACUUGUAUACUGAAGAGCUUUAAUCAUCUUGUUUCAUUGUGCAUAGUAUUUGAUGGGUGUACAAGGCUCGUCAAUGUCUUAUACAGAACUGGAACAAGGUUAUCAAGGUUUGAAACAGUCUCGGCCCUGCUUUUAUAUUGGUGAAGAUGAAUGUUCUUUGUCACAUAAAAUAACAAAGGAAAGUGAAAAGCAUGCAGAUGAGGAUGAUCUCUCAGAAGGUAAACAAGUUAUUGUUGGUAUUUGUGCUAUGUCAAAAAAAUCUCAGUCAAAACCAAUGAAAGAAAUACUGACUCGUCUGGAAGAGUUUGAAUACUUGAAAACUGUCGUAUUCCAAGAAGAUGUUAUAUUGAAUGAACCAGUAGAAAAGUGGCCAAUAUGCGAUUGCCUUAUAUCAUUUCAUUCAAAAGGGUUUCCAUUAGCAAAAGCUGUGGAGUAUGCAAAUCUAAGGAAACCUUUUAUUAUUAAUGAUUUGUUCAUGCAAUAUGACAUCCAAGACAGACGAAAAGUUUAUAGUAUUUUGGAAAAUGAAGGUAUUGAGCUUCCUAGAUAUGCUGUUUUGGAUCGAGAGUCUGAAAAUCCUUCUGAAUUAGUUGAAAGUGAAGAUCAUGUAGAAGUAGAUGGAGUAACUUUUAAUAAACCUUUUGUUGAAAAGCCUAUAUCUGCAGAGGACCACAAUAUUUAUAUAUAUUACCCAACAUCAGCUGGUGGUGGGAGUCAGCGACUUUUUCGAAAGAUUGGUAGCAGAAGUAGCGUUUAUUCACCAGAAAGUAGAGUAAGAAAAUCUGGAUCAUUCAUCUAUGAAGAAUUUAUGCCUACUGAUGGUACUGAUGUCAAAGUAUACACAGUGGGACCUGAUUAUGCCCACGCGGAAGCUCGAAAAUCUCCGGCUUUAGAUGGGAAAGUGGAAAGAGACAAGGAAGGCAAAGAAGUGAGAUAUCCAGUCAUUUUAAGUAAUGCUGAGAAACUGAUAGCACGAAAAGUUUGUUUAGCUUUCAAGCAAACAGUUUGUGGAUUUGAUCUUCUUAGAGCUAAUGGAAAAUCCUACGUAUGUGAUGUAAAUGGCUUUAGUUUUGUGAAGAAUUCUAUGAAAUACUAUGAUGAUUGCUCUAAAAUUCUAGGAAACAUGAUUCUACGUGAACUUACACCUCAGCUUCAUAUACCAUGGUCAAUGCCUUUUCAGUUAGAUGAUCCACCAAUUGUUCCUACAACAUUUGGGAAAAUGAUGGAACUACGUUGUGUUAUUGCUAUUAUUCGGCAUGGGGAUCGAACUCCGAAACAGAAAAUGAAAAUGGAAGUUAAACAUUACAAAUUCUUUGAAAUAUUUAAAAAAUAUGGUGGAUACAAAGAUGGACAUGUGAAGUUGAAAAAACCAAAACAACUUCAAGAAAUUUUAGAUAUUUCACGAUUUUUGUUAAGUGAAAUAGAACUAAAGCCUGAACUUGAAAUAGAAGAAAACAAAGCAAAAUUAGAACAACUAAAAGCUGUGCUAGAGAUGUAUGGACAUUUUUCUGGCAUUAAUAGAAAAGUGCAAUUGAAAUAUCAACCUCAAGGAAGACCUCGACGCUCCAGCAGUGAUGAAGAAUUUAGUUCUUCCUUAUUGAAUUCCAAAAUUGAUGAAGGAACAAUUUUCCAAUCAUUGGGAGAUAAAGUUGUUUCUCUGGAAAAUUCAUCUUUUCCUAAUACAGAUACACCCAGAGAGCCAUCUCUUGUCCUUAUUUUAAAAUGGGGUGGUGAACUAACUCCUGCUGGCAGAGUGCAAGCUGAAGAACUGGGGCGGGUGUUUCGAUGUAUGUACCCAGGUGGACAAGGUGAAUAUGCUGGAACACAAGGUUUGGGCCUUUUACGUUUACAUAGUACUUAUCGUCAUGAUUUAAAAAUUUAUGCAUCUGAUGAAGGAAGAGUACAAAUGACUGCUGCAGCUUUUGCAAAAGGAUUGUUGGCCUUAGAAGGUGAGCUUACUCCAAUCUUGGUUCAAAUGGUUAAAAGUGCAAAUACAAAUGGUUUAUUAGAUAAUGAUUGUGAUUCAAGUAAUUAUCAAAAUAUGGUCAAGCAAAAACUUCAUGAUACUUUACAAAUUGAUAGAGAGUUUAGUGAAGAAGACUUUGAAAAGUUAAAUCCUACAAAGGCAAGAUCUAUUCAUAAUGCACUGCAAUUUAUUAAGAAUCCUGUUAAAGCUUGUGAACAUGUGUAUGAUUUGGUACAGCAAUUAAACAUCCUCAUUAAAAGAAAAAAAGAAGAUCCAAGACUGCAAGAAGCUCCUCUAUAUCAUGGAGAAACAUGGGACCUAAUGCAAAGGAGGUGGUCAAAACUAGAGAAAGACUUCAAGCUUAAGACUGGUAAAUUUGACAUCAGCAAAGUUCCUGAUAUUUAUGACUGCAUAAAAUAUGAUUUGCAACACAAUCAUCAUAAUUUGCAGUUCCAGCAUGCAGAAGAACUCUAUAUAUAUGCCAAAGCUUUAGCAGAUAUAGUGAUUCCCCAAGAAUAUGGAAUAAAUCAACAAGAGAAGCUUACGAUUGGAUUGGGAAUCUGCACACCUCUUUUAAAGAAAAUACGUGCAGACCUGCAUAGAAAUAUUGAUCCUUCUGCUGACGAAACAGAAAAUGUUAACAGAUUAAAUCCAAUGUAUUCACACGGCGUUUCAUCCCCAGAGCGGCAUGUUAGAACUCGAUUGUAUUUUACAAGUGAAAGUCACAUCCAUUCUUUACUAACAGUUCUGCGCUAUGGUGGUUUACUUGAUUGGCCAGAAGCAAGUUUGCUCUGUAGUUGUUUACCUGAAGACACUCAAGAUGAACAAUGGAGGAGGGCAAUGGAGUAUGUUAGUGCAGUUUCAGAGCUUAAUUAUAUGACUCAAGUCGUUAUUAUGUUGUAUGAAGAUCCUACAAAAGAUAUCUCAUCGGAAGAAAGAUUUCAUGUAGAGCUUCACUUUAGUCCUGGUGUAGUUUGUUGUGUACAGAAAAAUUUGCCACCUGGUCCUGGCUUCAGACCUCAGUCACGGAGUGGACCUAAAGAAAGACUUAAUUGUCCCAUGAUUAUGAUGUCUGGAGAUAAACAUGCACAAGGUUGUGGUUAUGAGUAUGAAAAACAUGCUCGCAUUGAUGAAGAAGAUGAUGAUCUUACUUUAGAGGAGGAAAUAAACUGUCAUGAUGUUGGAAGUGAUCCUGAUUCUCCAACUAUUUUGGAAGAAAAUGAACUAAAAUAUGAGAAGAAACUAGUUUCAAGUCGAUCAAAAGCUUCAGAACCUAUUCCAAUUCAAAGAAAUGCUGUAAAAUCUGUCUCAAAUGUCCAACACAAACCAUGUAUUAUUAUGAAGAGUAAUAGCGAUUCCUCUCGGCCUAGAAGUCUUGAUAAUGAAAGUAUUAACAAAAAGUCUUCAAAAACUGAAAAAGGUAGUCCUCAUACUCAAAGUCUAGAAGAUGUCUCUGUAAAUAACAGAAAUACUCCAGAAAGAAGAGAAAGUUUCCAGCACCGACAUUCUGUUCCUGGUCAACUCUGUUCAUAUCUUAGGAUGUGUAGUGCUGCGGAUUUGGCAAAAAUAUAUGGUUCAACAAAUACCUGUUGUAAUUUCUUAGGUUCAACUAACAGUCUUUUCAGCACUGCUGUGAUAAGUGGAUCUUCUAGUGCUCCAGAACUUAAAAAUGCAGUUCCGCCUUCAACUGAUGGAUACUGCAGUGUUCCUAGUAUUCGACCUUUGGAAACAUUGCAUAAUGCAUUGUCUUUAAAGCAAUUGGACAGUUUUUUAGAAAGAAUGACAAGUGCUACUUUUCGAAUGUCAUUACAAGCUAUGUGCAAGUUAUCUACGUCUUCGUCGGCUUCUUCUGGAAAUUCAUCCAGUUCUCAACCAUCUGCUCUUCCUAUUGUUUCCCCCUCAAGCAGUAUUCUUUGGAGUGGACCUCCAUCUUUCGUAUCCAGCAGUGGUCCUUCAUCACCCAAUUCAUCAACAUUAGAUAUAUGGGCCAGGUGGAGACAGAUGACUGAAGUGGACUCAGUGUUAGAUUUCUCAGGUCCUGGAAGUCGCAGCAGUCUCAGCAAUCCUCCGUCUCCACAUGACCCUUGUUACUAUAACAACAGCCUGUGACAAAAAUGUAAAUCUUAAAGCAAUAUAUAUUUUUCAAGAACAUAGUCCAUAGCAGUAUUAAAUUAUUAAAGAGUUGUAAAUAUUUAAAUAAAAAAUAGAUUUUAAUU